AUGAGUUAUUUGAGACAGUACAGGUUUCAGAAAAAACCUAAUGUGCCAAGUUCGAGCAAUUCUGUUACAAUUGUAGCCUCAUCGUCGCACUCCCAACCACUCAUACGAAUGGCUGCACCAAAUCUUGCCAAUAGAAAUGUUCCAGUUGUAUACAAACGCAUCAGGAUACAGGAUUCUGACUCUGAUGAUGCAGCCUCCCCAGCAAAGAAACCUGUUGUCGAACUCACCACAGCUGUCAAAGAAAGACGCUUUAGAAAUAUGUUGGAAAUGUUUCCUGAUAUAUCACCAAUGUUUGUAAAAAACACUUUGGUUAAACAUGGUUGGAAUGAAGAACGUUCUAGGGAUGAAUUACUCAAACAUGACCCUGAAAGUGAUGAUCGUAAUCUACCUGGUACAACUUUCUUCGGCGCUGGACGCCCAGGGGCAUCUGGACUUAAUUCGCGCCCCAAUGGUACUGUGAAUGUGAUACGAGUGUCGAGUGGACCUCAUGGAUCUAGUAGUGGCAAUGGUGGUAUUGUAGCUAGGAAACCUAUGUCCUCGAGGGUGGUGGUAAGGGUGAGAAGAGGCAGCAGUGGUAGUGAAGAUGGGGAUUAUGGAGUUAAAAAGGGGAAAGACGAUAGGGUUUAUGACAGUGAUGAUUCUGAUAACGAGAUAACAGAUGAUUUGAUUGGAGACAAAAGGAAGGUGUUUGAGUUCCUAAACACAAGCAAUAUAAAUGAGCUUUCCCAGCUUAGCGGUUGCUCACAGAAGAAAGCAGAGGCCAUCAUAGCACAGAGGCCUUUCAAAGGCUGGUUAGAUAUGGUAGAAAAAUUCAACAAUAGCAAAAUGCUCAACACGGACUUGCUGAAUUCAACACAAGAGUUGUUGACGACUCGUAACAAUAUUCAGCGGUUGAUGAAGAAAUGCGUUGGUCUCGCGCAGCAACUGGAGGCGGCGGUCGCCGCGGGCGCCGGACGCCUCAAGCAGCCCAGUAUUUUAGAUUCUAGUUUGAAACUAGCACCGUACCAGUUAGUGGGGUUGAAUUGGUUGGCAGUUCUCCACAAACAAGGCGUGUCUGGCAUCUUGGCCGAUGAGAUGGGCCUAGGGAAGACGGUGCAAGUGAUAGCUUUCCUCGCGCACUUGAAGGAGACUGGCCAAGCGAGAGGAACACAUCUCGUGGUUGUACCUGCUUCGACACUAGAUAAUUGGAGCGGAGAAUUAGCCCGCUGGUGUCCGUCCCUUCGGGUAAGCAAGUAUUACGGCCACCCUGAGGAACGCCGUCAGCUGCGUAUUGAGUACGCGCGCGGAUUGGACAAAUACGACGUAGUUCUUACCACAUACACAAUGGUCAGCAGUUGUCCGGAGGAACGCAAAAUGUUCAGAAUCACACCGAUGCACUACGUAGUGUACGACGAGGCGCACAUGCUCAAGAAUAUGUCCACCCAACGGUACGACAACUUGCUCAAAAUUAAGUCGAAACAUCGACUAUUGCUGACUGGCACUCCGCUACAGAACAAUUUGAUAGAACUGAUGUCGCUAUUGUGCUUCGUGAUGCCGCACAUGUUCUCCGGAAAGACGGACGACCUCAAGAGCUUGUUCCAGAAGAAUGCGAAAGUAAAAACCACCAAGAAAGCGGAUGGAACAAUCACCAAAGAGGACGAUGUUCCAGCGUUCGAACAAAGUCAAAUAUCUCAGGCCAAGAGGAUUAUGAAACCGUUCGUUCUAAGAAGACUGAAGAGGGACGUACUACAAGACUUGCCCAAGAAGACGAACCACACAGAACUGUGUCCCAUGUCUGAGAGACAGCAAGCGUUGUACAAGGAACUUAUAGCGGGAUUCUCAGCUAAUGAUGGCACGAUACACGCGACAACAGAACAAAGCGGCAUGUCCAUGAUGAUGGACAUGAGGAAGCUGGCCAACCACCCCCUCCUGCUGCGGUGCCACUACGUGCCGCAGCAGGUGCGGCAGAUCGCGGCACGUCUAGCCGCCCAUCCCCAAUACAAGGAGAAAAACGAGCAGUACGCCUACGAGGACCUCAUGUGCCUCUCCGACUUCCAGAUACAUCAGCUAACCUUGCAGUAUGACUCCAUACGGUCCUUCUCGCUGCCCACUCAUCUGAUCCUGGACUCUGGCAAGUUCCAAAAGCUGGACAGCAUGCUGCCGAAGUUGAAAUCUGAAGGUCACCGCGUGCUCGUAUUCAGCCAGUUCACUAUGAUGCUCGACAUAUUGGAGCCUUACUUAGCCGCGCGCCAGCACCGCUACCUGCGGCUCGACGGCAGCACCGCCGUCACCGACAGACAAGAGCUAAUAGACCAAUAUAACGCGGAGGACAUAUUCGUGUUCCUCCUAUCGACGCGAGCGGGCGGACUGGGCAUCAACCUGACUGCGGCCGACACCGUCAUCAUACACGACAUCGACUUCAAUCCGUACAACGACAAGCAGGCGGAGGACAGGUGCCAUCGGAUGGGCCAGAAGCGCGAGGUGACCAUCUACCGGUUGCUAAGCGCCGGCACCAUAGAGGAGGGCAUCUACCAGGUGGCGCAGGAGAAACUUAACCUGGAGAAACACGUCACCGGCGCCGAUGAGAAUGAUGGCCAAGAACAGAAGAAUGUUGUGCGUUUGCUAUCUGCAGCCCUAGGACUGACUUCUCCCAACAAAUGA